CAAAACAAACGGACCCAAGAAUGAAAAGAGUUCAAAUACGUUACGAUCAUAACGAACGAUCAUUACGAAAAGGGAAAACAACAUGUCUUGAGCGCUAAUUGAGAAUAAAUGACAAGAAAACUCACCGGUAUAGAUAAUUUUAUUUAUCAUGGACGAAGUUGUAGAUAAUUUUGCAUGGACUCGUCAGCUCGAAUGUCCACUGCCAUUAUACAAUGAAUCGGUGNAGAUUAUGCAAAGGAGUACUGGAGCUCCUGUGGGAAGACAUUUCUAAUUCUGCGUUUCCUAUAGCUGAAGCAUGUAAAAUAAGAAAGAACAUUUUACUGUACAAACUGAAGCAUGGAUUAACUGAUUCUUCAAUUUCAUCUGCAAGACAUCUGGAUCAGUUGAAAGUAAAAAAUAAUGCACUGAAACAACAGAUAUCCAUACUGGAAGAAGAAUAUGAAGAACAAGAUCAUACUGCUAGACAAAAAAUGCAACAGUUAAAGGAUAUAAAAAGCAAGUGUUCACUGAUCAGCAGGAGAAAGGAUUUGCUUAAAUUGAAACACAGUGAAACCAGCAAACAAGUGAAAGAUUGUGAUGACAUGAGACGAGUAUGCCAGCAUUUAAUGCCAAGCACUUCUAAAGAUAUAAAUCAACAGAGAUUGAGGGAAAAUUUGGAUAUAAUAGUAGACUUGCGUCGUUCAGCCACAGAUAAGAAACAAAUAUGGACAAAGAUAUUAAAUUCUCUUAGUAGUAUUGAUGUGCACACACUAUGGACACACUUGUAUCAAAUGCUGUCGCAAGAUUUAAAUAUAUUAAUGAAAUUGGAAACCAAGAAUGACUUUGAACACAAUUUAAAUGUAGUAGGCGAAAGUAUAGAUAUUGGUAUUGCAAGAGCAUCUGGUCAAUAUAUAUGCAUGAUAUCCAAACGCAUAUUAUCUAAUACUAAAAUUAACAUGUACCAACAACGUUUAAUGGAAUUUAUAGAACUAAUAGAGUCGUUAUCUCAUGAAGAUGUGAGCGCAUGGUUAGUUUUAAAGUUGGAGGUAAAAAAAUUAAAAACCGAACAGGCUUACCUACAAAACGAAGUUCAGCAAUUGAAGAACAUUAUUCAAGAAAAUUCCUUGCUCAAUCUCGAUAUAGCUCGAUUAACGACUGACAUAGAGACGAUUGACACACAGAUGAACAAAUAUAUAAAGGACAUUCAGCAAUCCAUAGCAAUUUUAAACUCUACUCCGAUGCUCAUAUUUAAAGGAAAAGAGAAGCUACAAUAUGAGUUGCAGAGGAUAGUAGCCUUACAGGCUGACAAUUAUGAUGCAAAUUGUGUGAAUAAUGCGUUGGAUAUCGAAUUGGACAUGUUUUACAAUAUCUUGGAUCUCAACGCUUUACGUAAAGUAAUGUUGAAGGGAGAUGUGGGACUGUACAGACACGCAGUCUGUGGACUCGACAAAGCCUCCAUCACGACGGUCAAUCCGCAAUAUUCGAGGAUCAAGUCUUACUUCCCGACAAUACAAAUGUCGAUAUAUUCUCUCAUAGAAUGCUAUAAAAACGUAACUGCCAAUAUGAUUUACACGAAGCUACACAAUUCGACUUCAACGGAAGAGAUUGAGUACACAGAUAAGUUAAUGUCGCCACAAGAAAAAUGUAAUUAUAAUAGUCUGGAAAUGCUGAACCUCGCUAAAAUCGCUUGCGAUCAGACACACGAAGAGAUCAAACAUUUUAAUGAAGUUUUAAGUGCUUGGACGAAUCAAAACAUACAAGAAGUAAUGGCACUCGACGAAACGACCGUGGACGGCGUAUCUUUUAAGGAUUGGUUGCAGCGUUACAAUUUAUUAUUAUACAUGAUACACACACAUAAAAAUAGCAAAUGA